GUGACUGCGUACCAAUUUAACUUAGCUGAGCAGCAAUCUGAAACAAACAGCGUUGUGCUUGUAGUUAUAAUAAGAAAUGUGUGAGCUGAGAUUUUAGUGCAUACAGCGUUAAAUUACUCCUUUUUAUUUUUGCUGUUUUACCCUUGGGCUGCUGAUUAACAAAGUGUACGGUGGUCUGUUAGCAACAGGUGUGGAAGCGAAAGGUUCAGAUAUCGUGAGAGGAUGCGCGUGUUGAAGUCUUGAGAUGUCAGCAGGCAAGAUGAACCAGGAAGACGUUUUGGCAAAGCUGAAGAAGGAUGUUCGUUCCUUGCUUAUCUCGUCUAAGAUGGGCAUGGGCGCAAAUCAGCUCAGGCGUGAUUAUGUCUCCAUGUUUGGGCAUCCUAUGCCCCUAAAACAACUGGGCUUCCAACACAUCAUGGAUAUGGUGAAGGAGAUGCCUGACGUGGUGUCGGUUAACUUCAGGGUAGAUGGCAGCACAUUCUUAAAGGCUAUUAGCGACGAUUCCACUCGAAACAUCGAAAAGCUGGUCGCUAGGCAGCGCCCAUCUGAGUCCGACAAGAAGUUCAGGAGUGGAGGUGUUAGCUAUUUCUCACCCCGCUACUGUCGCCAGUCCCCCACUGUGAACCUUCCCAGAAGAGGCCGUGCUCCUCUGGCUGUCCCUGCCCAGCUGAGGGCACAGCUCCGAAUACUGCUCUCCCAGGGUCCACUCAGGUUGUCUGCCCUGGAGUCCAGCUUCAUGCAAUGCUUCGGCCAACAGCUGCGUGUCCACAACCACGGCUUCUAUUCGACUGGAGAGAUGCUGGAGGCAGCGGCGGACCUGGUCCUUAUCCAGCAGGGCAGGCUGGGCUCUGUUCUGUCCCUGAGAGAACAUAUGGUGCCCAGGAUGCUGCUCAGACCGUCCAGCACACAAAGGAGGACUGGACUCAUAAACUCAGAACCGCCUAGAAAUAUCAAGUCAGCCUCCAAAGGGCCAGACACCACAACUCCAACUCCAAAGCCAACAAUAACCCCAGUUCCAGUGAAGCAGAGUCCUCUGAAUCAGCCCGCUACUGAGGCUUCCUUGUGCCCUGUUGAUGAAGAGUCAACAUUUGUCAGUAAUGAGCCACAGAUGGUUGAGAAGAACCAUGAAGCGGAUCCAGAGCUCUGUCAGGAAGGUUUUCUCUUUCAGAAACGUGUCCUCAAGCUUGAGGAGGAGCUUCGCCAGCAAAUACUGGAGAAUGGAGUCGCUGGCACCAUUAGUCAGGAGCUGAAGGACAAGCUACGAAAGGUUGUAGGUCAGACCCGUGGUGGGUUAUCGGUGCAUGAUCUGCCUGCUGAGUACAAGAGGCUUUUUGGUGAGGACUUUCCGCUGCAACAGAGCGGCUUUGUUAGUGUCACAGAACUGGUCAGUGCCAUGAGUGACACCUUCCACCUGAAACCUGUAUUGGGGGACAAUGGGCAUCACUGGAUAGUCACGGACAUACAGGACAGUAACGAUACACAAUCAGACUCAAAGGUGACUGAGAGUUUUGGAAACGGUCAGAAGCUUUCAAUUAUGAGCUAUUAUUUCAACUGUGGAGAGUCUCGUUGGGAAGGAAAACUGGAAGCAGAGAAUGAGAAGCUCGAAGAGGCCAGUACCAAUUCCACCCACAAAAUGAUGUCCCAGAUGUAUUCGGCUAUUCAGGUACAGGUACAUUGCAGCACUGCGGUGCCCUUGGACGCCCUGCAGAGUCAACGUCUCAAACCGCCGACGCGUCAUGGUGCUCGAGAGCUGGUAGAAGUCCUGGUGGAGCAGGUGGAGUCGCCGGGACAUUUCUACAUCCGCUUCAGCGAGAAUGAGGAGGCCCGAGCUAUGGAGGACAUGAUGAUUGAGAUGAGACGAUGUUACACCUGUCCUGAGGUGUCCGAGCGUUACCGCCUCCCUGAGCGAUUUGUCCGCCGGGGUCAAGUGUGCUGCGUGUCACCCAGAGGAAUGUGGUUCUACCGGGUGGUGAUCCAUCGGAUCAUCAGCCCCACUCAGGUCGAGGUGUACUAUGUCGACUUUGGCGAUAUGACCAUGGUAGAGAGCGUCAGUCUCAAAUUCCUCAAGUCAUGUCAUUCAGAUCUUCCGGCACAAGCUGUUCCAUCAUCACUCGCUGGAAUUAAACCCACGGCUGGCAGCUGGACUGCUGAGGCCAGGGCGUCUUUCCAGAAGCUGUGCUCCGAUCGCACCCUGGUGGGCGCUUUGGAUUGUUACACUGGCGAUGUGCUUCAGCUCUACCUGUGUGACACGCGUACCGAUAACGACGUCUACAUCCACACUGUCCUUCUGAGCAAUGGUCACGGGACAGCCUGCAGCUCUGCAGCCAGUGCAGCACUUUGUGUCCACCUCCGCCUAGCGAGUCUCUACCUGGGGGAGGGAAUGGUUGACCUGCCCCAGGUACAAGAAGAGGUGGCCACUUUUUUACCGAAGCCAGCACACAUGCUCGAACAGUCCACGUCGGCUUCACCAAAGGUUGAAGAUGAAGAAAUGCCCGACUUGGAGUUUAUUGAGGACAAUGAGGUCAUCCCCCAGAGCAAGGUUCUGGAAGCCAACCCAUUCAAUGCUCUGCUAAAUGAUCAAACCCUCAGCUACAGUGAGCUGGGCUGGGCCAACAAAUCUUCUUCCUGUCCGACCUCCAGCCCUCUCGCCCCUCCAGAUUUGAUCCAGACCCAGACGACCCCAGCUCACUGUAAAGCUGAUCUUAAAACACUGAGCACGACUCCUCCACCAACUCCAUACAGCAUCACUUCCAGCUCCUGCUGUCCGACGCAGGAAGAGGAGCAGCACCUGCCCAAAGUCGCUGCCCCUUUGUUGGUCCGGCCACCUGCAAUCCUGAGGACCCUGAGCCUCCACACCUCUGACCUGGGCCAAAUCCAUGACAGCGCACAUGGUAUACCCGUUUCUGCUCUCCGCCUGCGAAACUCUGGCUUCCUGUUUCCUCUGUUUGGGUCCAGGUAGGCUGAGCCUCCUACAUCUAACCCAACCGUCUGAACGACUCACAACACAAAGGAAGGAACAGUUAUUCCUUAAUAACUAUAUCUACUAAAAUAUUGUUACACUCCUUUUUGAGUCAAGUUUUGUAAUAAUUUUGUCCGCAAACACUUGAGUUACUUAUUGACUUGUUAAAAAGGCUAAAAGCAUUUUUAUCAGACGUUAAUUUUGAUCUAUUCUAGAUUUGUUAAGUUGUAUGUAAGGCCUGUGUUUAGUGAGUUUGAUUUCAAUAUAAUUGUAGUCUUUUCCUGCCAGUUUAGUCUAUUUAGUUUGACAAGAAAUAAAGGAAAUGGAUGGCUGUUCUUUAUUAAAUGUCAGUAAGAUUGUGAACGUUUCUUGUUUCUAAAACAAAAAACAAACUUUUUGCGUGUGACUUUCACAGAUGCAUAAAGAUGUCUUGUGAUGUGUUCAAUGGUUUAAUUUCCCUAUACAUAUUAAUAGUACUGUUCUGGACAGGGUUAAUAAGUUUACUAUAGUUAAAGUUAUAAUGAACAUUACAGAAAGUCAUGACUAAUGACAUUUUAUUUUUGAAAAUAAAUCUUUGAUCAAAUAUUUUAGUAUUUGUAUUUUAUAAUAUGAUUCUUAAUAAUGGGUUUUAGUAAGUGUGUAAAAUGAUUACAGCUAGAAUAUUGAUUGAAAUCUUAAGAGCAGCAGAACAAAUUGUAGGUUGGUAUAAUUGGCAGAUGCUCCAGUCAGUUUUGUGAUUUCAGUCGUGUUGGUCCAGUUAUGCUGCAGCUGGCGGGUCUUUCCUCAUCUGUGGCUGCACUCACCUCAUCGGGACAAUGUGAAUGUGACGUUCAGACUGGAA